AUGGCCGUGCAACAGCCGCAAGCCCCAGAUGGAUAUCGGAAGUACCGCGAACUUCAGCGCUCGGCGGGGUGCUUCGAGUUCUACAAAUAUGACACUGUGGAGAAGAUCGUCUCAGCUUGGCACAGCAGGAUAAUAUACGGUUUCCAGCUCCAGGAAGAACUGGAAUUACACAGGGUGAUACUGGCGAACAUCAUUGACAAGGACAAGGUGCCCCUCCUUCGCGACCGCCUCAGAGGCGACGAGCCAGCGUGGCUGUACAUCUCCGGAAUCGUGGAGCUGGCGCCGGAAGAGCGACCUCCAGGGCUCAAGGACCUCUAUUCACAGUUGAAGAAGCAUGCCGAGGCACUAAGGCCCAGCCCGCCUCCCUAUGCACCGGAGAAAGCGCUUCCCCGGGUGCCGGAUACGUCAGACAUGGCGGUGAGGGAACUGUACCGUGAGGACGACGCCAAGCGCAACUACUCGAUCGGCAAGGGCAAGGAGAAGGACCCGGCCCUCAAUGAGUCGCACAAGGCAGUGAGCAAGCUCUAUCGCGAGGACGACGCCACGCGCAACCACUAUGACGAUGAGAAGGGCAAGGGUAAAGGCAAGGACAAGGAGUUGGAGGCGUACGCAUACGAUGACGGCGCGUCCAUCUUCAGCGGCCCGGCACCAUCAUACAAGACCCACCCUGACAUUCACGCCUCAUCUGACGACAGGCCCAACGACGCCGAGGACAGGAUCCGCGAGCUCGAGCGCCAGCUGGCCCAGUCACGAGGCUUGGGGCGGGGUCGUCUGGGAGGGGUGCUCUUUGGUCGGGCAUUCGGGAAAGGGCAGCGAUAA